UACAGUAGCAGCAGCAGCAGCAGAGCAGAGCGUGUGUCUCUGGCACAGACGGCCAAGUCGCAGCUCGGCCCCGCAGAUCGUCAGAAAGAAGCUCCUUCGAUAGCUGCCCGCGACCGCCUUCUCGAACAUUGCCCGUUUCUGCGCCCUGCCCUGCACCACCGCCCUCUGCCUCCGCCUGCGCUCUCGUCCACCGCCCUGCUGCGCUGCACACCUGGUCACCUUCAUUGUAAGCUUUCCAUAUCGCUCCCCGCGCUCUCCAUUGGCGGCCGCUCCUCCGACGUGCCUGAGCGCGGAACAGUCGCACAAGACCGGCGAUCCCUCUCCAUCCUAGCUCCUUGUACGUCACAAUAGUGGGCUCGUUUGACAUCUCGCCCUGCAGCCUCAACUCCAUCACGCGCGUCACACCAGCACAGCAAGCAGCAAGCUCCCCGUCAGCGGAGCCAGCAGAGCCUAGCCAGGGAGCUCGGAAGGACCACGGUGCGCCGCCGCCGCCGCUGAAAAAGAGCCUCCAUUCCCCGCCCCUCGCGCGUGCCUGGAGGAAUGUCGCUCCCCAGCGACUAUACCAACGAAAUCGGCGCCCUGAACCGCGAAGUCCUCAAGCACCAGCCCAAGGACAUCCUCCAGUUCUGCGCCAACUUCUUCCAGCGCCGCCUGGAGUCACAGCGCGCCGAGUUCCUGCUGUCGCACCGACAUUCCAGCCAGCCGGGAAUGGCGGAGAGCACCUUCCCUGGCUCCAAUCCGUUCACGUCGACUGCCCCCAACCAGCUGGCGGGAACAGGCGGCGGCAUGCAUUCGCUCGCCGAAGAAGAGGAGCACGACGACUUCGCCUCGCCCACCGCCUCCUCCUUCCCUCCCCACGUCCGCGAAGUCUCUCCCACCGACCCUAGCAGUGUCCCCAACAGCGCUGCCGGAGGCACAUUUGGCAACUUUGGCGGCUUUGGAGCCCCUCGCAGCAGCAAUCAAGCCCCUCCCGCGCCCUCUGACAACAUGUCACAAUCCGCCUUUCCCAACAACUACAACAUGAACCGUCGCACCUCGGUGUCGGCCGAGUCGCUCGCCCCCGGAGCAGCAGACGACAGCAAUUGGAAGGCUCCGAGCUAUCCAAAGACAGCCGAGCAGCUGGCGCGUCUUCGCGAAGCUGUGUCGCACAAUUUCCUGUUCAAGAAUCUCGAUGAAGAUCAGGCUUCGCAGGUGCUAAACGCUCUUCAAGAGAAGCGUGUUCCCGCCAAGGAUGUCAGAGUCAUCACACAGGGCGAGUCGGGUGACUAUUUCUACGUUGUGGAAUCCGGCAGAUUUGACAUCUACAUCUCGCAUUCUGGCAAGGCAGAGCAAGGCCAGGCGGGUCUCGGCGACAAGGUCGCAAGCAAUGGCCCAGGCACCUCGUUUGGUGAACUGGCGCUGAUGUACAACGCUCCACGUGCAGCCACUGUCGUGAGCACUGAGCCAAGCGUGUUGUGGCAGCUGGAUCGUCUUACCUUCCGCAAGAUUCUGAUGGACUCCGCCUUCCAGCGCCGUCGCAUGUACGAGUCGUUCUUGGAAGGCGUGCCGCUUCUGUCCUCUCUCACACCAUAUGAGCGAAGCAAGAUUGCCGAUGCUUUGGACACCGUGAAGCACCCUGCUGGCAGCACCAUCAUUCAAGAGGGCGAUGUUGGCGACAAAUUCUACAUUUUGGAAGCAGGCGAGGCAGUUGCCGUGAAACGUGGUCGCGAGCAGCAACCCUUGAAGAGAUACAAGCCAGGAGACUAUUUUGGCGAGCUGGCGUUGUUGGACGACAAGCCGCGUGCUGCGAGUGUGGUGAGCACAUCCGAGGUCAAGGUCGCUGCGCUUGAUAAGGACGGCUUUCAAAGACUGCUGGGACCUGUGGAGGCCAUCAUGCGUCGCGAUGAUCCGCGCAACCAAGGUGUGGACCCCCUGCGAUGAAUCAAAAUACCAUUUUAGAGAAGGAAUUCGAAAGCCACGAAUAUCGCAGCAGCCACAAGAGUGGUCCAAGGAAUCUCGAGAGUCGCAAUGUCUUCAUAAGCGUACCUCAAAAGUGCCUUUCAUGGCUGGCUGGUAAAAAUGAAGUUGCUGCAUCGUAAGCUUUUUGGAAUCAGAUGCAGACAGUAUUGGCUUAGGGGUGACGUGUGGCGUCGGGCGAAUCUUGGUGCUACUGGUCUUCUUUUGUGACAUAACCCCAAGUGAUGGACGGUAGGAGGGAGGGUAUGCAAGGGAGCCCCUCGAUCUACUCAUGAGCAAUCCAUAGAAACGAAUAUCAUUAUGCGACUGAAGCUUUGAAACAUCAUCUUCAUUUGAGGGUGACGUGCACAUCUGGCAGGGAACAUAUCAUCAGCUCCAGCUCACCCCAAGAUCUGGUGGAAAAUCUUGACUGUCGAACAGCUACAACACUCGUCAUUUUGCGUGGUGGUAAUGAUGGGUCUAUGCAAGUAUGGGCCUGUGCGAUAAUGCCUGCUUGGAUCGAUGCGCAUAUGGCUAGUCUGGUCUGGUUUUCUGCACA